AUGUUCCCAGAUCCCUAUCACCAAUGUUUGACUUCGAACAUCGAGCAAAUGGUGAUUUACGAAUUGGAUUUCAGAAUUUUGAACAUUGCCUCUGACCGUGAUCCAAUCUUCCUCAUCUGCCCAGCCCGAAAACCCCAAGCUUGCCGGAAAAUCACCUCCGACCAAAGCCCGGACCCGAUCCGCCGGAGAAUCCGAAUACAACUCCCUAAUUUCCCGACACUCAAUCUCCUCCUCCUCAACGGAAUUAAAGAACGGGUGCUCCAGGAGCUGAGCCGCCGUCCACCUCUCACUCGGGUCACUCAUCAAACACCUAGCGAGCAUGUCCGCGGCCUCGUCGGACAGCCCGCCCGGCGUCUCCGGCAGGUCUCCGGAGAACGCGAUUCUGUACAGCGCCGCCGCCGGAUCCUUCAUCUCCGGCCACGGCCCGGAUCCGGUGGCCAUCUCGACGACCGUGCAGCCGAAGGCCCACACGUCCGCCGCGAAACCCUGCUCCUCGCCGCGGGCGACCUCCGGCGCCAUGUACGCGGGCGUGCCGGAGAAGGCGUCGGGACCGCCGUGGGCCACCCACCUCGCGCACCCGAAGUCGGCGAUUUUCAGGCCGGCGUCCCCGAUCAGGAUGUUCUGGCCCUUGAUGUCGCAGUGGGCCAUCCCCUGCUGGUGGAGGUAGCUCAGCCCCAGCAGGAUUUGGCGGCCGUAAGAGCGAAUCGCGGUUUCAUCGAGCGCGCCGCCGCGUUUUCUGAUCUGAUCGGAGAGCGUGCCGCCGGGAACAUACUCCAGGAACAGAUUGAAAAGGUGUUUGCCGUUUUCGCGCGUUGUGUCGGAGCCCAAGCACUUGACGACGUGAGGGGAGCAGAGGUGGGAAAUCAGAGUUUCCUCUUUCCUUAG